CCUCAACACCUUCGCUAUCAUUGCCAAAACUUGUCAGCCUCACUCACUCACUCACGAGUGGUAGUAGGCCACACUGCUACUCUCUUCUCCACCCAGCACAGGACAGCGCAGAAAUCAGAGAAGGGUGCCGGCCGCCGGAAUAAUGCCGACGCUGCGCCGCCGUAACCCGGACGUGAGCGUGAAGGCGCUGGAGGGCAUCGUGUCCGCCAACACCUUCUUCACGGUGGCCGUCUUCAUCGGCAUCACGGGCACCAUCACGCCGUCCUCCUCCAUCCCGCCCAGCUGCGUCGCCGGUGACGACAUCGCGCGCAACUUCUUCCUCUUUGAGAUCAUCUCCUUCGGCUUCUACCUCCUCUCCAGCCUGGUGGCGCAAGGGAUGAAGCUGGCCGUCACGCUCCUGGCCGCUGACGACUAUUACAGCGAGGGCGAGCAGAAGCCCCCGCCGUCCGACGACUGCGAGGAGAUGCCGGCGUGGCGCGCCGCGGGGCCGAGGGAGCGGCGACGCGCCGUGCUGAGGUUCGCGCAGCCGAUGAUGCUGCUGGCUGCCGGGUGCUCCAUCAUGGGCACCUUCUUCCUGCUGCUGUCCAUGGUGGACGCCAUCCAGCUCAAGUUCGGACUCGUCUCCUGCGGCAUCCCGAUCGCCGUCGGCGCAACCUUGGUGCUCGCCGCGCUCGUCGUCGGCGGCUUGCUCUUCUACGGAUCCACCAUCGCGUACGCGCUCACGCACUACCUGCCCUGAAUACCACCGCUUGUCAGCCUAGCCGGUUGGUCAAUUAUUUAGCUCUUUUUACCUUUUCUUUUUUACUUUUACGAGCAGUGAUUAACGGUGAAUUCAGAAAUUAAUUGUGUGUACCUGCAUUUCAUGAACAAGGAGUAAAUGCUUUGAUACAAAGCAAGCUGCCAUUGCUUCGUAGUGGCAAGUUUGUCGGCGCCAUGAUUUGUUAUCAUAUAACCGUGUCAAACUAGUUAAGUGCACCAAACAUGGGUGUGUUUGGUUCCGAGAAUUUGCCCCAUCCUAAACCGUGGAUACAUGUUAUUUUAAACAGAAGUGUAUUUAGUUAUCUGUAUUUAUUGUUAUAAUUUAAAUUAGCGAGUGUAAAUAUACGGUAUUAUUUUGGUCUAGGAGUGAGUUUUACUCUGUAGCCUAGUUCAACAGAUACAGACUCUUACAUCCAUUUAUACAGACGGAGUUCAUCUGUCAGUGUUACAAAAUCAUCUUCAUGCGAAUAAUUAAUCAUAAUAUCAAUUAUUACAUCUGUUUAUGCAGCCUCAUAUUCAAUUAACCAAACAGAAACUCGAUUCAAACUAUCCAAACAAAUAUAACCAACAAAAUACUCUUCCUUUUAAUAAAUAUAAUUUCACUUAGUCUGUUUUCUCUCGACCUAUAUAUACGAUCCAUAAGAGCAAGAUUAACCAAACACACCCCAUUUGAACGCCCUAUUGCCACACAACUAUUGCCAUUUAGCAAAAUUCCCUUUCUUUUUUGCCUCUUCACCAUCCAUACCACACUAGCCCACCAAUGGUAGUCU